GUCUAUAUAAGGAGUUUUAUAUCUUUGCAUCUAUCCCAACUUACAAAAAUGGAGCUUCCCAUCCUUUCCAUCUUUCUCUUCUUCAUCUCACUGUUAUGGUUCAUUAUCAAGCCAUAUCUCUCUUCUAAAUCCAGAAAGCUACCACCUGGUCCUACUGGUCUCCCAAUAAUUGGGUCACUGCUAAAGCUAGGUUCAAAACCCAACCAAUCAUUAGCCGAGCUAGCCACAAUCCAUGGCCCUCUCAUGACUCUAAAACUCGGCUCAGUCACAACCAUAGUUGCCUCCUCGGCCGAUAUAGCCAAAGAAAUCCUCCAUAAACACGACAAAACAUUCUCAGCACGCAUUGUUCCCGUUGCUGUUGCUGCCCAGCCGAACCCAGAAGCAACCCUAGCAUGGGUCAACGGCGAUCAUUUGUGGAAGAAAAAGAGAAGAUUUCUUAGCACGCAGAUGUUCACUAACCAAAGACUCGAUUCUCUCCAAGAACUCCGUCACCAAAAGGCUGCACAACUAGUGAGUCACAUAAGGCAGCAAAGUCAAAGUGGUGCAGCUGUUGACAUAGGACGUGUUGCUUUUGCAACGACGUUGAAUUUAAUAUCGAACACCGUUUUCUCGAUUGAUAUGGUGGACCCUGAAUUCAAGACAGCUCAUGAAUUCAAGGAAUUGGUUUGGACAAUCAUGGAGGAUGCUGGGGUACCUAACUUGUCUGAUUAUUUUCCGGUUUUAAAGCGGUUUGAUUUGCAAGGAGUGAAGCGUCGUAUAGAGCCAGCGUAUUUAAGGUUGCAUGAAAUAUUUAACGAAGUAAUUGAGAAGAGACUACAAGCUAGAGCCAAAGGGGUGCUGAAGAAUGGUGAUUUCUUGGAUGUACUACUUGAUCAAUUUGAAGAAGCUGAUGUGACAGGAUUUGGCAAAGAGAUAAAGCCUCUUAUGGUGGUAAGUGCUUCUUCUUUUUUCUUUUUUCCUUUAAAAUUUUAUUUGAAAUUCACCUAUAUUCAACCGAAAUACUUAACAAUUUAAGUUAUAUAUAAAAUCAUUAUUUUUUUACAACACUAAGGGUGUGUUCGGUAUAACGGAAAAUAUUUUCCAAGAAAAAAAAUUCUUGGAAAACAAAUAGUAAUCUUAUUCAUUUUCCAGU